AUGGUCACAUUCAAUCAAAGCUCGACAUUGGCAUCUUUGACUUACUCGACUGACAAUAAGCCCAAGGCUCACUCUAAAGUACAAAGUUUGGACUCCUCAACCACAACAAUUGGGGUUGAUCCACCAAUCAUAAACUCCUUAGAAGAUUCCUCAGCUCUAAAGCUAGUAAGCCCGGCUUGGCUCCUCAGCCUAAAAGAAGAAGUUAGCUCAACUUGCCUAAGUCCAAAACAGAACAAGAUUUUUAGAACUCGUAGAGCUUCUUCGACAAACCCCUCAAACUCCAGAGCAAUCUCGGUUCGAUUUGAAAUGCUCAGCCCCAACUAA